UCUCCCUCCCACGUAACCCCUACUAACUCGUCUCCCGCCCUUCCUGUUCCCCUGUCCGACUAGUGAUGACUGGGACAACGCAUGCUUGCAACGUCUACGACCAACGCUUAACGACCGCCACUUUCAGCGCCACUAAGCUGCAAUAUACUGUUCUCAACGACUGAGACCAAAAUGCUGGUAUUAAAAAGUUCUUCUACAGUGUAAGAUCAGUUAAUCUGCGUUUCGGCGAAUGUUUGAAUUGGCUAUAUGACAUUCUGUAAACCAACCAAAGUGAUCUAGUUUUAUCUUGAAAAUACAAGAGCUCCGUGACCAUUGUGUGACAAUAGUGACCAACUGAUAAUGUGUGAUGCUGUGUUGUUUUCUGCUCAACAAGUGACAGCUGUGGGAUGUGUGACACCAGAAGGAAUAUAUACGAUUUUGUUUUUCCUUUCUUUUCUUAGCCGGCCCCUGCCGCGCUUUUUUUUUUUUUACAAUAGUAUAUAGUUAAUUUGCAAAUGUUUAAAUAUCUAGCAGUCGUUUAGAAGUAUGAUUAACCUUCGUAUUUUAUGGAGAGUCUUAUUGGUUUUCCUUGAAAUCUGGAGGAUUCCCAUUUUCUGUGAUGCUCAGGGGAGACUAAUAGAACCUCCCUCUAGAGCUUCUAUGUGGAGAUUCGGUUUUCGGAAUCCUGUGGACUUUAAGGACGACCUCCAGGACUGCGGGGGGUUCCAGGUGCAGUGGCGCGUCCACGGGGGAAGAUGCGGUGUGUGUGGGGACCCCUGGGACGCCCCCGCCCCUCGCCCCCACGAAGCCAGGGGAAGGUACGGGAGGAACGGGGUCAUCGUCAGGUCCUACACGCAGGGGCAGGAGGUGGAAGUGGUGUCCGAGUUGACGGGUGAUGAGGACACAGGACACAUGGAAUACCGGUUGUGUCCGCGAGCGAGCAAGAGGGAGCCGGAGAGCCAGACCUGCUUCUCAGAGCCGUUAACGUUAUUCGUGUAA